AUGGGUCAUCCGGGGGCCGCUGCGGUGCUGCACCGAACCGACUUCCCAGCAUUUCCGCACGAGCCCUACAGCAUACAGCGGGACCUGAUGCGCUCUCUGUACGAAGCACUCUCAAAGGGCGGAGUUGGGUUUUUCGAGUCGCCUACAGGCACCGGGAAGACGCUCUGCCUGAUAAGCGCCUGCCUGCACUGGCUGGAGGACUCGCGCGCUGCCAGCGCCACUGCCCCGAAGGCCGAAGAGGGAGCGGCGGUAGCUGGCGGGCCGCACAUGCCGGAUUGGAUGAGAGGCCAUGCGGAGCGCCUGGAGCGGGACCGCCAGGCCCACCUACUCCGGGCCCAGAUGGAACGCCUGGAGGUUUUGCGCAGCGCCCGACGCCAGCGAGGCGCGCGACCGGCGGCGGGUGCGAAGACAGGGCCCGGUGGAGCACCAAAUGACGCUGACGAAUUCAUCCUCGAGGAGGUGGAGGAGGGUGCAGCGUCCGAGCCUGGCGCCUCCAGGAAACGCCCGGUGCUGUCAGACUCCGAGUCGGAGGAGGAGGGCCUGGGAGGCCCCGCCUUGCAGGCUGAAACUCCCGAGGUGCCCAGCAAGACGCAGAUCAUCUUCUGCAGCCGCACCCACUCCCAGCUGUCCCAGUUUGUGGGGGAGCUGCGGCGCACCCGAUUCGCAGACAGCCUCUCCCUGGUGGUUUUGGGCUCCCGUGGCGCGCUGUGCAUCAACGAUGCGGUCGCCCGCCUGGGCUCACCCGCCGCCGUCAACGAGGCCUGCGCCGAGCUCCAGCGCCGCCCCGCGCCGCGCAAGAAGGUGGGGAGCGGGGAGAGGACGGGCGGGAAGGGCGCCUGCCCUUACCUCGCGCGCAGCGGCGCGCACGCCGCCAGCCUCCGCGACAUGGUGCUGGCCCACCCCAUUGACAUCGAGGAGCUCGCCAAGCUGGGUGAGCUGGGGAUUGUUUCAGGGCAGCGACGGGCCGUCUGCCCGUACUAUGCCGCGCGGGAUGCCCUGCCGGAGGCCGACAUCAUCCUUGCACCAUACUCGGCCUUGCUGCUGCGUGAGACGAGGGAUGCCCUGGGUCUGCAACUCAAGGGCAACGUCGUCGUCGUCGACGAGGCGCACAACCUCGUCGACGCCGUGAACGACGCGCACUCGGCGACGGUCACGGGCCGCCAGGCGGCCGCCUGCACGGCCCAGAUGGAGCGGUAUCUCGCGCAGUACCGCUCCCGCCUGGGCAUGCAGGCCUGCCUGGCCCUGCAGCAGCUGCUUCUGGUGUCGCGGGCAGUGGGGCGGGCGUGCGCCGCGCGACCGCAAGGCAGUCAGACCGGCGAGGCGCACGCGCGCUCUCUCAACGCGUUCGUGCUCGAGCACGGGCUGGAGGGCGUCAACAUCUUCCAGCUGCUGCGGUAUGCAAGUGAGACCAGGCUGGUGCAGCGGGUGGCCGGCUACUGGCGCAGCUGCGAAAUGGAAAACUCCGGGCCGGGGUCAAAUUCAGUGCCCGGCAUGGAGGCUGGAAAGCCCGGCGGCGGCGGCGGCGGCCUUGGGAUUGAGGCGGCGGGGCAGGGCCCGCUCCACGCCCUCCUCUCCCUGCUGCGGGGCCUGCGCAGCGCGGACAAGGACGGGCGCAUAAUCGUUGACCCCGGGGGGGCUGAUGGGGGCAGUCUGCGCUUUGUCCUGGUGGAUGCGGGCCGGCUCUUCUCCAGCAUCGUAUCCGAGGCUCGCUCCGUCAUCCUGGCGUCCGGGACGCUGUCCCCGUUGGGACCCCUCCUCACCCUCUUCCCAGGCGUUCCCAUGGACCGCCUGCACCGUUUCUCAUGCGGUCACGUGGUCGGGAAGGAACGGCUGCUGGCCCUGGCUCUGGCCUCCGGGUCAUCCGGCACCCCCUUGGACUUUCGAUUCUCCAGGCGGGGCGACCCGGCGGUGCUGAGGGAGCUGGGCCAGGUGCUCCUGAACGUCUGCCGUGUGACCCCCGGGGGGACCAUUGCCUUCUUCCCCUCCCACCACUAUAUGGAGGAGGCGGUGGCGAGCUGGAAAGCCAGUGGCCAGUGGACACGGCUAGAGGCAUGCGUGCCGGUAUUGCUGGAGCCCCGCACGGCGGCCGAGGUGGAUGCCACCCUGGUGGCGCACGCUGCAGCGUGCGCCCCCCCUCCCACCUUUGGAGCCCUGCCAUCGGGCCCCCCCCCGCGCCGACUGGGCUGCCUGCUCCUAGCCGUGGUGGGCGGCCGCCUGGCAGAGGGCAUCAACUUUGGCGACGCGCUGGGUCGCGCCGUGGUCAUGGUGGGCCUGCCCUACCCAAACCCCGCAGACCCGGAGCUGCGGGAGAGGCUACGCGCCAUGGACGCCGCCGCUGCUGCUGCCUCUACAAGCCUGGGGAUACAGGGGCCUGCCUUGCAGCCGCCGCCCAGCAGAGGCCAUUACCAGGACCUGUGCAUGAAGGGUGUGAACCAGUGCAUCGGGCGGGCCAUCCGCCACUCUCGGGAUUACGCGGCGGUGCUACUCCUGGAUCCAAGGUAUGCCGAGAGUUUUACCAAGCCGCUCAGACCACCCCUGGCCAAGCUCCCGGCAUGGAUCCUGCCUUCGCUGGAGGUGCCUCAGGGAGGUUUUGGGCCGGCCUACACACGGCUGGUCCGAUUUUUCAAGGCCAUGCAACAGACUGAAGGCUGA